AUGGCUUCCGAGCAGCCUCCAGAUGAGGGCAAUGGACCCCCGGGCUCUGGAGGAAAGCAGUCCACCCCGAGACGCCUGCAGCCAAACUCCCCGGGCAGAACGCCUCUGCGCACGCUUGUUCCCACAUCUCCUAGUGGCAAAUCCCCAAACCCUGUUGGAAGACCACGGAAUUCUUUGUCCAGACCAUCAACUCCUGUGGCUGCUGGAGCAACUCCUGUAGCUGCUGCAGGAACUCCCAUGGCUGCUGGAGGAACUCCUAUGGCUGCUGGAGAACCUCCUGUGGCUACCGCGCCCCAUGCGGAAGCACUGAAAUCCCUCCCGGCCUUUCAUCAGCCAGGAGCUGGUAACAUCUUCGUCAACUAUUCAGCGACCGACUUUGGGGUGCAACCGCCUUCUGUUCAUACACGUGCCGGCGUUGUGCUUCCUCAUCUUGGUCCUGUAUCUAGUCGUGCCUCAUCCCCAUCUCCCGCACGGGCUCCGCCACCACCUCGGGCUCCCACGCCUGCGCCGGUUAUUGACUAUCUGGCGAAGAAGGGCUACCACCGUACCGAGGCCACCCUCCGAGCCGAAUCUGCGAACCAAGAAAUUCCGAAAGACGCAGACAUCAAACCCACCCCUCCCGGUCCUCCUCGUUAUUUCGAGUUCUUUUCACGCCUGGUCGCUUGGACUGAUGACACGCUGGAUAUCUACAAAGCGGAAGUCAAGAGACUGCUCUGGCCCAUUUUCGUCUACGCGUAUCUUGACUUGGUGAAGAAGUUCUAUCCGAAAGAAGCAAAUCGACUCUUUGUUAAGUACCAAGACGAUUUCAAGGGAGAACACGAACCGGAGCUUAGAAGCCUCCAAUACAUCACUCUACCGGAACAUGGAGAUGACAAAGUUGCCAAAUUGUAUCGCGACAAUAAGUACCGGGUCAAUAUCACGCUCGCAGCGUUCACCACCUUCAUGACAUUCCUCGAGAGUCUCCCAGAUACGGGUUUCAAACUCUUGGCCUCAAUUGUCGAAGAAUAUAUUGACGUUCGUACGGUUGAUCGCGCCGCGGAUGAUCGGUAUAGUUUUGCAGCCGUUAUCGAUCGAGCCAGACAAGGGCAAGACAUGCCUGCCGAAGACGAAGGCAUCCCAGGUCAUCGUCCUGGCAAUGCCAUUUCUUCCACUGACCCUACCGUCGGCAACAACCUGGCGACACUCAAACUCGGCAAACUACCGAUGGAGAAGGAUCUGGAAGAAGACGUGCGUGGGGACUUGAUGGACCUGGACUUGGUGACGACACCCAAGGAAGGUCGAGAAACUCUGGUUCAGACGCACGAGAGAUUCAACAUCAAGCAGGAAGACGAAGACGAAGGACCCAGCCGAUCCGAAAUUCCGUUUCCACCAUCCACCGUCUACGACGUUGCCAUUGAAGUGCAGAGAAUCCGCGAGGUGCGCGACCGCCUGAAGAUAGAUUCUCGUACUGGCGGCGUGGGCCCUCAACUCAAUGUGGUCAUGUACACGUUCCACAACACCCACGACGGAAUCAACUGCUUUGACAUCUCCGGUGACUCGAACCUGAUUGCCGCGGGAUACUACGCAUCCAUCAUCCGCGUCUGGACCUUGGACGGCUCGCCUCUUGGACCAGAAGUCGACGGCAAGAAACAGAAUUCGCGCCGCUUGAUUGGUCACUCCGGUCCCGUCUUCAGCGUGUCUUUCUGCCCAGCAUCGUUCCGCCCAGACCCCAAGGGAAUUGAUCCGACCGCGAGAUGGCUUCUGUCAUCGUCCGCCGACGGCACCGUCCGUCUAUGGAGCUUGCUCACCUUCGCUCCCGUCGUCAUUUACAAGGGUCACGUCGGACCGGUCUGGGACGUCAAAUGGGGACCAUUCGGACACUACUUUCUCAGCUCUGGUGCGGACAAGACAGCACGUAUCUGGAUGACAGACAAGAUCCGCCAAGUGCGCCUUCUGGCCGGCCACGACGACGGCAUCGACUGUGUCGCUUGGCAUCCGAACUCCAGCUACGUCUUCACCGCCUCCAGCGACAAGACGGUUCGCAUGUGGGCCGUAACCAACGGCAACGCGGUUCGCAUGUUUACCGGCCAUACUGGUAUGAUCACCGCGAUGGCAUGCAGUCGUGACGGCAAGCUUUUGGCGUCUGCCGAUGAAACCGGCGUCAUUCUCAUUUGGGACUUGGCUCCAGGCCGUCUGCUCAAGAAGUUCCGCGGCCACGGCAAAGUUGGCAUCUAUUCCUUGACUUGGAACGUCGAGUCGACUGUCUUGGUCUCUGGUAGUCAUGAUUGUACCGUUCGCGCUUGGGACGUAACUGGACCUGCCAAAGAAGGUACUCCUGCUACCACUACUGCUACGGCCACCAAUCCCACUGCCACAGCUACUGCUGGACCUUCUUCCACAGGCAAAGCAGCAGAUGGCGCCACUGGUUCCAAGGACGGCGACGGCACUACCGCUAAUGCCUCGACCACCUCUGCGCCUCCUGCGACGUCCGGAUCAACUGGCGGCAGCGCUACAGCAGGCCCAUCUACCACUGCUGCUGGCGGUUCUGCUGCCGGUGCAGCCGGUCCUGGUGCUGCAGCUGGUGCUAGUGGUGCUAGUGCAGGCCACAAGAAGCGCGGCAAAGAAGCCGGCGUCAGCAACGACCAAAUCUCAGCCUUUCUCACCAAGAACUCGCCCGUCUACUUGACCAAGUUUACCAACAUGAACCUCAUCCUGGCUGCCGGCUGCUACCUGCCUGAGCAGGCCAAGUUCAAUAACUAGUUGAGUGAGCGAGCGAGCGAACCAAGCGGGGUGGAACGAGCACCCCGAAUGUCAGUCGUGAACACAACACUGACAUUUCAACUCUUGUACACAUGUCCUUUUCGAAGCGAAGCCUGGAGUCAAAGGUGUGGAUUGGUCCGGUUUGUUUCGAACGAAGCACGAUUGAAUGGCAUCGAGUGGAACGGAGUUUGGUUUGGGUUUUCUCGGAAACGGAAAAGGUGUUAUGGAUUUGGCGUUGCUGUUGUGCCCGAUUGAAGAGACACUCUCACACUGGACAUUCAGUUGUUCUGGUUUGGUCAUCCCAACCCAACUUCUUGAAGUGAUCAGUUGAGCAGUGAGCUUGCUUGGGCUUGAGCUUGACUUGCACUGCACACUGUUUUUGUUUUUGUUUUGUGAUUUUCUCUACCAACUUUGGGUUGAAUGGUUGUUAAUAUGGCUACUAUGGCGCACAACCACCUCGGCCCACACACACAAGUUGAACGUUACCAGGUUUUCAGGAGAAUGUGCAGUUCUGCGGUGCAGUGCAAGUGUGUAUGAUCAAAAUCAGGAUAGAAUUGAGCAAUGCGAUGAAAAAUGCGACGAUAAAUGAUACAUUUCCAC